UGGGUGCCAGAGAUUUCACACCACUGCCCGCGGACGCCCUUCCUGCUGGUCGGGACUCAAGUGGAUCUGAGAGACGACAGCAACACUCUGGAGAAACUGGCCAAGAACAAACAGCGAGCCCUAAGCUGUGAGAGCGGAGAGAAACUGGCUCGUGAGCUCAAGGCCGUCAAAUAUGUGGAGUGUUCUGCUCUUACACAGAGGGGACUGAAGAACGUGUUCGACGAGGCCAUCCUGGCUGCUCUGGAGCCCCCAGACAACAAACCCAAGAAGCGCUGCGUCCUGCUAUAGACGCCACAAGAGGAAGAGGAGGUGGAGGUGGACGGGGUGGGGGAAGAGAUGAACCCAGACGGGAAGAGAGGGCGGGAGUAC